CUGAUGGUGACGUAGACACCGGGAAAUCGAAACUAACAUAAACCUUUAUGGGGCAGAUAAAGUAGAGAGGCCCUACGUUGCCCCUUUAGCCUGUGCUAUAUGCAUGCAUGAUCACAUACACGCGUGAUAUUUAUAUUGUCAUAUGCCAUGGAAUCAAUCAACUACGUGGCUAAACUCAAUGAGUUUGUGCAGAAAAGUGGUCUCGAGUUGAAAUACGACGACGUGGGUUCCGAAGGUCUUGCUCAUAUUAAAACGUUUACUCAAAGGGUGAUAUUAAACGGCAAACCAUACCAAGAGGGAGUUGGAAAAAACAAGAGGGAGGCCCGGCAAAAUGCAGCCAAACACGCUUUAGAGAGUGUUUUAGAGACGGACUCAAACCACUCCCAUGUCUCGGGACGGUCCGUCAGGGACACUACAGAGCCAAUUAGUCCGCCAAAACUCACCCAACCCAACUACACCUGCUGGCUCAAUGAGCACAGUCAGAAGAACCGGGUUCCCAUAAGGGCACUGGAGUCCACCGCGAUGGAACUGGGCUACGCUAAACCAUGUUGUAAGUUUGUGCUUGACGGUACGGAGUACCCGUCUGGCUCUGGAAGAACGAAGAAGGAUGCAAAGGAGGAAGCAGCCAGGCUUGCAUAUGAGGAGAUAUGUAGAAAUACACCAUCAAAUACCCUAGAUCAGAGUGGCCGUGUUGAGCCAUCGAGUCCUCAAAAAAAUGAAUUGAAUCAAGACAUGUCAGAGGGAAUUGGUUCGCCUGCAAAUAUGGAGGUGAGCCUCGGAGAGCUUUCUGGCUUGAGUGAGCCUGAAUACAUAGGAUUGCUCAACCAGCAUUGUCAGAAGAACUCGUGCCACGUGGACUUCUCAUUGGUGAGAAGAUGUGGUCCCGCACACUGCCCUCAGUUUUUCUACAGGGUGGUUAUUGACGGUAGGGAGUACCCUGAAGUCGAGGGGAAGACGGCAAAGGAGGCCAAAAAAAGGGCAGCAAAGGAGGCCUGGUCUGUGCUCCAAGAGUCGUCAGACUGGGACAGCAAGGCAUCUGGGAAGCCUGCCAACUCAGAAGAGAAUGGCACAUCUAAUAAAGCAACAACAGAAGUGGCUACCUCUUCAUCAGAUAGCUGGAUUCAGAUCAAAGAAUCUUCCAAGGAAGAAAAAUUGGGUGCCAAGAAUAGAAUUAAACUUGCAGCAAUCUUCAACAAUGCCCCAAAAGAACCAACCAAUACAUCAACAAGUCCAACUACUUCUUCUAGGUUCUUAAAAGAUUACGACCAUAUUGAGCCAAUUGGGGAUGGGGGCUUUGGUCAAGUUUACAAGGCAAGGUGGAAACACUUGGAUAAGUAUUACGCGGUCAAGAAAGUGCCCAAUAAAGAGAAAGCUCUGCGUGAGGCCGCAGUCUUAGCAGAGCUACAGCAUGCUAACAUCGUUCGAUAUUACACCUCCUGGAUUGAGGAUUCGGACUACAAGCCUCCCAAAGGUGAAGAUUCCAGCACUUCCCAGUCAAGCAGCGAUACGUCCGGGACUUUCCUGUACAUCCAAAUGGAGCUGUGUGAAAUGAAGAAUCUUGAGACGUGGAUAAUUGAGAAGAACUCAUUGCAUCAGGUUCCCAAUCGGGGGAAGGAGAGUUUAGACAUCAUGAAGAAGAUAAUAUGUGGUGUGGAAUACAUCCACUCCAAGAAUCUAGUCCACAGAGACCUAAAGCCUUCCAACAUUAUGGUUGGAUCGAAGGGAGAGUUGAAGAUCGUGGAUUUUGGUCUGGUAACGGCGGAAAGGGACGAGGAAGGCAAUGUGAUGGAGAAAACGAUGAGCACGGGCACUAGGUCGUUUAUGGCCCCUGAACUAAGUAACAAAAGCGUAUACGACCAAAAGGUGGAUAUAUUUGCGUCGGGCUUGGUAUAUUUCUUGAUGCUGUGGAAUAUCUCCCGUCAGGAAAGGAGGGAAAUGUUGUGCGGCAUCAAAAAACAAAUAUUUCCAGAAGAAUUUACACGGUUAUUUCCUGAAGAGCAAGAUCUAAUUGCAUCGAUGCUACAUAAAAAUCCCAAAUCCCGACCCUCUGCUGAGAAGAUAAAGGCUAAGCUGGAGGGGUCGGAUCGUUCUACAGGGAGUCCGAGAACGAUCUGACCCAAGUGGACGGACGAGGGGAAGGAGGUGUUGGGACCAAUGACCAUCUAACAUUUUUAAUCUAUUGUUAAAGGGGACCUAUUAUGCUUUUUCGACUUUUAUGACCUAUAAACGUUGUUAUAAUGAUUGAUAGUCAUGUUUAACCAUACACAAAAAACGAUGUAGAUUUUCGGGAAACUCUUCCUCUCAUCUGGGCGCUUUCAGCAUUCUCCGUCAACGCUCGGUUUCGUCCUUCUCCGCCCCCUCGCCUCCCUCCUGCCAACCCAACUCCGUUGUGAUUGGUUACCUUCCUUGAAGCGCGCGCGCGGGCAGAUUUGACCAGGCAUAUGGGGGCGCGGCAGGAGUGCCUGGUAUGGUUAAACAUGACUAUCAAUCAUUAUAACAACGUUUAUAGGUCAUAAAAGUCGAAAAAGCAUAAUAGGUCCCCUUUAAUAUGCACUAUGUAACUUUGUCACUGCAGCCAUGACUUCUGUUGAGGAAGGUAUUAAAUCGCUGAAGUUAGACAACGUUUCGCAGGCCCCUCCCAGUCUCUGACCCCCAGGGUUGGUUGAUGACACCUUAUCUCUGCCCUCAGGCCCCUCCCUGGCAGAUCCCUUUUUCGCACUGCACUAUUGAUCACUGUUUUCAUAACUACAGUAAUUAUGACUCGUAUGGCGAAACGUCGGGAAGAAAAUAACGGUAGCCAUAUGGUUAAUACGUUUGAAAUGAAAUAAAAUCAUGAAUUCACAAUAUGCCUUUGUUAACCCAUGUCUGUGAUGGUGUAAUAAAGCGGUUUUACUUAAA